AUAACGCCUUUUAAUUGGUAGAUUCGUGAAGAUGACUAAAGCCAAGUGAACGACGUCGUUUCAUGUUGUUUUCGACAAUGUUUUCAUCUUCGAUUAGGUUAAUCGUAUCUGGGUUCCACCGGACUGAAACCCUAAAAUCGCCGUUAAAUCCUACGAGCGUCUUCGUCUCCGCACCUAAAUUCUUCAAUUCAGAGUCGAAUUCGAUGGGACCUGGUUCGAGAUCCGUCGCGAUGAGCAGCGCUGAGAAAACCGGGUCGGGUUCGGGGGCAAUCGAGAGUCGAGCGAGCAGGAUGAGAGAGAAGCUUCAGAAAGAGCUCGAACCAGUGGAGUUAGUGAUCGAAGAUGUCUCGUAUCAGCACGCUGGUCACGCCGGGAUGAAAGGUAGAACCGACGGAGAGACGCAUUUCAACGUGAAGAUCGUUUCGAAAGGGUUCCAAGGUAUGAAUCUGGUGAAGAGGCAUAGGUUAGUCUACGAUUUGCUCAGGGAAGAGCUGGAUACUGGAUUACACGCUCUUUCUAUAGUCUCUAAGACCCCGUCUGAGUCUCCUCCUCCUUAAUUGAUUGAUGCUUUAUAGAAUUUGUUGUUACAACCAACUCUUUUUUUUAAUUCAAAGAUUGGAUUUUCCUCAUCGAAGGCUCUGUUUUAGAUUUGAUGGGUGUGAGUUGUUGUUUCUGGAUUUGAGUUUUGCUUUUGGAUGGUAGGUGCUUCAAACUUCAAACAAAGACACUUGCUUUUAGUUCAAUUCGAGUUCUGUGUGUUUUUUUGAAAGCAAAACUAUAUGGUUCAUGAAAUGAUCUGAAGGAAUCAAAGAGUUUGUUGUUGAUGA